UGCCUGCCAGGCUGCUCUCAGGGUUUAACAACAUGCUACAUUUCCUGAGCUAACAACAGUCGCUCCGCUGUGACAGAUUCUCCUCAAACCUGCUGAAACUCUCUGAUAGUGUGAGGACAUCAGGAUGAAACGGGGCUGAAACUCCUGUCAGAAGACACACACAGCGCUGAUGCAGUCGGUUGUUUGUGUCAGUCAACAAGAGCCUCAGAAAACCAGCUGCUAGCUGGCUGCUAGGUCCCAGAGCUAAGUGCUAAGCUAAGCUACAUUAGCAUCAGGAGGCUAACACAGUUAUAAGUGAAUGUGACUGACUGGUUCCUGCUAAUACGGACUACAAACCUGGAAACAGAGGGGAUGGUGCAGCCCCAGCCGGACGGCCCCCUGCAGUGGGACAUGUCAGGAGAGGAGAGUGGGGGGACCCUGAGGGUCCCUCCAGAGCUGGCUGCUAAUGAGGUGGUGACCAGGCUGCUGGGGGACAACCAGCAGCUCAGAGAGGCUUUGCGGCGCAGCAACCUGGCGCUGCGUCAGCGCUGUGAGGAGAUGGAGGGCUGGCAGCAGAGGAGCAGGGAGGAGCGGGAGUUCCUCAGCUGCCGCUUCCAGGAGGCGCGGGCGCUGGUGGAGCGGCUGGCCCAGGAGAACCAGUCCCUGCAGGGCCUGGUCAACGGCCCCGCCUCCCCCUCCUCCAACCACUGCUGCAGCUCCAGCCAGACCCAGGAGCUGCAGGGACGCCAGGCCAGGACCCGCCCGCCGGACGGGCCCCAGACUCUGGAUCAGCGGGAGAAACGAGUUGAACCGACGGAUCAGAACACACAGACCAUGCCGCCUCGCAGCCUGGGAGAUGCCAGUGUGCAAAGCUCCCUGAGUAGCAGCCCUCCCUCUCCCUCCAGCUCUCUCUCAGAGGUGUGGGGGGAGAUAAUGGGCAGGGGGAGGAGCAGCCAGCCUGUAGAGGGAGCCAACGAGUUCCUCCAGUUACUGAAGAGCCACAAGGAGAAACUGGAGGAAGGGAUGAGGGAGCUGAGGAGGAAGAAUGAAGAUCUGGAGAGGGAGAGGGAGGAGGGGGAGAAGGAGAGAGAGAGAAUGAGGCGUUGCAUCGACCAGCUACGAGCUAAACUGGCUCAGGCUCAGGCAAGCAGUGUGACUGAGGAGGCGGUUCAACAUCGUUCUGAGGCUCAGCACUCCUCCGACUGCUCUAGCCUGGCUAAACUCACAGAGCAGCUUCAGGCCACUCAGGGCAGGUAUCGUGAGUUGGAGGAAAAGCUUGAUUACCUCCAGAAGAGUUCAGCUCAGAGGGACAGAACUGAAGCUCUGCUCAAACAGAAGGACAAGGACUGUGCCCAGCUGGCCAAGGACUGUGAGGCUCUGAAGGCUCAGGCUACGUCUCUUCUAGGAGAACUGAACGAGAGACAGAGCUGCCUGGAUAAAAGUGAACAGGAGCGCAAAGUGGUGGAGGAAAAGCUGUGCAGCAGGAUGAAGGCCCUGCAGGUAGCAGAGAGAGAGCUGGAGCAGCAGAGGAAGCAGCAUCAUGUGGCCAUGGACAAGCUGCUGCUGCAGACCCAGAGCCUGGAGCAGGCCCUGAAGACGGAGAGACACGUGGUCACGGAGGAGAAGAAGAAACUGACCCAGCUGCAGCACGCCUACACCUGUCUCUUUAGAGACUAUGAUUCUAAACUGAAGAGUGAGGGAGGAGACCUGUGCAGCCGGCUGGAGGAGGCAGAGAGAGCUCUGGCUCUGAAACAGGACCUGAUCGAUAAACUGAAGGAGGAGGUGGAGCAGCAGAAAGGAUCCUUGGAGACGGUUCCAGUCCUCACCGCUCAGGCUGAGAUCUACAAGGCAGACUUCCUGGCGGAGCGAGAAGCCAGAGAGAAGCUGAACCAGAAGAAGGAGGAGCUGCAGGACCAGCUGACUCAGGCUCUGGCUGAGAUCGACCGGCUAAAACAGGAAGCCACAUCACGAGCUCGUAUGGAGCAAAUGAAGCUGAGACACUUGGAAGACUUUUCAACACGAGCUCCACAUAUUCCUCCUCCACAAGCUUUCAACACGGUGCCCCCCGCCCCGUCAUUCCGUAACCAGGGUCUGGUCCCGGUAGGAGACCAGGGGGCAGCUGGACCAGAGGACCUGCCAGAUCUAUGCUGUCCUAAGUGCCAGUACCAGGCUCCAGACAUGGACACGCUGCAGAUCCACGUCAUGGACUGUAUACAGUAGCAUAGCUCACACACACACACACACACACACACACACACACACACACACACACACACACACACACACACAGUCACAGCAUCAGUACAUGUACUUCCUGCUCUGGGCUCCGCCUGGAAAACAAACAUGUUUGGUUGUUGCACCUUAAAAAACCUGGAAUCUGUUUGAAUGAAGACAUCAGAUGGAGAGAGAGAAUCAGCUGGACAAACACCUGCUGCUUUAUUAUCAUCCUUUAUUUACUCCUGCUCCUCUUUCUUUUAUUCCUCCUCCUCCUCUCUCACUUUCUCUCUCUCUCCUCCUCUCUCCUCUCCUCUCCUCUCCUCUCCUCUCCUGCUCCUCCUCU